AUGUCACUUCAAGGAAAAGUAUACGUUAUAACAGGCGGUGCAAGCGGCAUCGGCCUUGCAACAGCCAAGUUGAUCCCAGAACGUGGGGGGACAGUCUGCAUUGCCGACGUGAACCAAGAUGCCCUCAACGAAGCUGAAUCAUAUUUCGCCUCCAAAACACCAUCUGUGCAGUUCAUGGUUAACAAAGUUGAUGUCUCAAACAAGCAACAAGUAACGGACUGGAUUGCCAGUAUCAAGAAUACAUAUCACCGGCUCGAUGGGGCAGCCAACAUUGCCGGCGUCAUUGGGAAGGACCACGGAGUCAAAGCAGUGGCGGAUCUGGACGAUGAUGAAUGGGACACAAUCAUCGGCGUAAAUCUGACUGGGGUGAUGUAG